CAGUAUACAUUGGAUGAAAUUCAAUAUCACCUACUCUCUUGUGAAGCUCAACUUGAAGAAGAAAACAUUGCACUUAACUAUGAAGUAACACAUAAAGCUGCUCAUCUUGCAUGUAAUUCUGGUUUAGUCUCCUCAAAUGGUGUUGAUUUACCUUUCCGUGCAAAUCAAGGACCUAAUAAUGGUCAUGGAUCUUACAGUGGUUUUCCUAACCAGUUUCAAGCAACUGAGCCUCACUAUCACCCUCCUAUUUCUGGUUUACAAGAACAAGACUUUCAGCGUCAAGUCUUUACUGCUGUUCAGCAAAUUCUUGGUAGAGGAAGAGGUAGAGGCAGGAUUUAUGGUAGAGGAGGUGGUCGAAAUUCAAAGCCAACUUGUCAACUCUGUCACACAUAUGGUCAUUCAGCUCCCUACUGUUACAAGAGAUUUGACAGUUAGUUUAUGGGACACACUACGGCAAACUCUGGUUACAACUCAAAUUUUCAAUAUAAUCCACAGCCGUAUGUUCCUUCUCAAUCUUAUGGGCACCAACAAGUUGUCACUCCACAGUUUGAAAGUCCACCUCAGCAUUCUGCUUUUCCUUUACCAGCUUCCCACUAUCCUUCUUCUCGGUCACAAGCUUAUAAUAACAAUCAAAACCAGUCUUCUCAAGUACCUUACUCUGGUUAUCAAAAAGGGCUCGACUUCUUACUCUCAGCCUUCUACCUCUCAGAUUCAAGGAAACUUGGCCUAUACUAGUGUUGCUUCUCAACAUUCAGGAGGACAUAACUCAGUUUCACCUAUUGUCGUAGUUUCUGAGAAGUUUGCUGGGGCUUGUCAAGUUGCUCAUCCCAUGACUCUCACUGACUCUUUUUUCGUAUCUUAAUAGUGGAGCAACAAACCAUGUUGUUGCUGAUGGUGCAUCUUUACUUGACCAAGUUGAAUAUAAAGGACCCAAUAAGCUGAUGGUUAGAAGUGGCGCACAUAUGGACAUAACUCAUAUUGGAUCAUCAAGGGAAGUCCAUCCUUAGAGGAGUGAAUGAAGGAGGGCUUUAUAAGCUGCUGCUUCCUUUCUUUCCACCUUACCAGCACCAAGCCAUCUUAGUUCCCCGUUCCACCUCAGCCUUGUCACAACAUUUUUCUUCACCUAAUCGGCCUUUGUUACAACCUUCUCCAUUGAGAAAUGAAGAUAAUAUAGUUAGUUUUGAUGUCAAGUGUCCUAAACAGAACUCUAGUGUUCCUAUGAUCUCAUCUUGUAUCUCUAAUUCAAUAUCACCUUGUAUUUCAGUUUCAGUUUGUAAGCCUUGCAAUUCAGGUUUUCAUUUGAAUAAUGAAGUAAAUGUUUGUACCUGUAAUUCUUGUAAUUCUGCCAUUGCACCUACUUUUUCUAUCAAUAAUACAGACACUACAAUUGACAAUUUUUCUUCUUUGUCCCCUGAAUCACUGUUUUCUGCUGCUAUAGACUCAAUAGAUAUUAAUAUUUUUCAUAAAAGACUUGGACAUCCUUCAUCCAAUGUUCUCUCUAAAGUUCUUACUUUGUGCAAUCUACAACCCAAUUCGACUUCUCUUCAUUUUUGUGAUGCCUGUCAACUUGGCAAACAACAUUUAGUCUCCUUUCCUAAUUCUUCCUCUCGAGCUUCAGCUCCUUUGGAACUCAUACACACUGACUUACGGGGCCCUACUCCUAUAGUUUCCUUAGAGGGUUUUAGAUACUAUAUUCAGUUUCUUGAUGAUUUUUCUAGAUAUGUUUGGAUUUAUCCCUUGAAACUAAAAUCUGAAGCUUUUCUUACAUUCUUUAGGUUUCAAAAAUUGGUUGAACUGACUUUUGCUAGAAAAAUCAAAUCAGUUCAAUUUGAUUGGGGAGGAGAGUUUCGAUCUUUCUUACCUUACCUUAACUCUCAAGGAAU